AUGAUCUUCUCACGCUUUAACAGGAUCAUUGUUAUUUUCGCCUUAAUCACCUUCGCCUUCACAAGAAUUGCGCAAGCGACGUUUUCUAUCAGUCUGCCUCAAAUCAUGGCAAGCGGAUGUCCAGCCAAUCCAACUGGAACAAGCAGUUCUCACCUUCGUUCCUUUCUUUCAACCAACUCGAGCACCACUACUUGGACAUCUGCGUCCUCUAUCUAUACCCAAAUCUUGCCUGGUUGCUGCUUUCGGAGCAACGGAAUUCCAGGAUCAUGUGAGACCCAAUCCACAUGUAAGCUACAAACAGGAACUCCAGCAGCGUCAGCCACAGUACCGACUCCAAGCCCUACCGUAUCCGCAACGCCAAACCACAGUCCAAGCCCAAGUCAUAGUUCGGGACGGCGGAGCAUGGAGCUGGACACCUCUCUAAUGCGGUCACUGGCUUUAUUGGGAUUGAUUUCGAUGGCCAUGAGUUAUUUGGUUUUUUGA